AGCAGGGGCCUCGGCUCCGCAACUGCCACUCCUCCUCGGGGUGUUGCACAAGUUUCGAGGUCACCGGCGAACCCCCCUAGCAGCGCGCCUGUCUCUGGCCCCCGCGAAGGAGCACGGGGCUUGUGUGUUGCAUACUUUCUAAGGCAGCCGGAGGCAGCCGCAGCUCCAUCCAGCCCAUCGGCUCCGCCUCCUCGGCAUGGCUGGCUACCUGAAUGAAACGGACUUUGUGAUGGUGGAGGAGGGCUUCAGCACCCGGGACCUGCUGGAGGAGCUCACUCUGGGGGCCUCACAGGCCACUACGGACGAGGUCUCUGCCUUCUUCGUGGCUGACCUGGGUGCCAUAGUGAGGAAGCACUUCUGCUUUCUGAAGUGCCUGCCGCGAGUCCGACCCUUUUACGCUGUCAAGUGCAACAGCAGCCUGGGCGUCCUGAAGGUCCUGGCCGAGCUGGGGCUCGGCUUCAGCUGUGCCAACAAGGCAGAGAUGGAGUUGGUCCAGCACGUUGGUGUCCCUGCCAGUAAGAUCAUCUAUGCCAACCCCUGUAAGCAAAUUGCACACAUCAAGUAUGCUGCCAAGCAUGGGGUCUGGCUGCUGAGCUUCGACAACGAGAUGGAGCUGGCAAAGGUGGUAAAAAGCCACCCCAGUGCCAAGAUGGUUCUGUGCAUUGCCACCGAUGACUCCCACUCCCUGAGCCGCCUCUGCCUCAGGUUCGGAGCAUUGCUGAAAUCCUGUAGACACCUGCUUGAAAAUGCCAAGAGGAACCACGUGGAGGUGGUGGGUGUGAGUUUUCACAUUGGCAGUGGCUGUCCUGACCCCCAGGCCUACGCUCAGUCCAUCGCGGAUGCCCGGCUUGUGUUUGAAAUGGGUGCUGAGCUGGGCCACAGGAUGCACAUCCUGGACCUUGGUGGCGGCUUCCCUGGAGUGGAGGGGGCCAAAGUGAGAUUCGAAGAGAUCGCUUCUGUGAUCAGCUCAGCCUUGGACCUGUACUUCCCAGAGGGCUGUGGUGUGGACAUCCUUGCCAAGCUGGGCCGCUACUAUGUGACCUCGGCCUUCACCUUGGCAGUCAGCAUCAUCGCCAAGAAGGAGGUUCUUCUGGAACAGCCUGGCAGGGAGGAGGAAAACGGUUCCGCCCCCAAGACCAUCGUGUAUCACCUCGGGGAGGGCGUGUAUGGAAUCUUCAACUCAGUCCUGUUUGACAACACCUGCCCUACCCCCAUCCUGCAGAAGAAACCAUCCUCGGAGCAGCCCCUAUACAGCAGCAGCCUGUGGGGCCCAGUGGUCGAUGGCUGUGACUGCGUAGCUGAGGGCCUCUGGCUGCCACAACUACACGUAGGGGACUGGCUGGUCUUUGAGAACAUGGGCGCCUACACCGUGGGCAUGGGUUCCCUCCUUGCGGGGGCCCAGACCUGCUGCGUCACCUGUGCCAUGUCCCGGGUGGCCUGGGAAGCCCUGCGAGGGCAGCUGCUGCCUGCAGAACAGGACGAGGAUGCCGAGGGCACGUGCAAGCCUCUGUCCUGUGGCUGGGAGAUCACAGACACCCUGUGCAUGGGCCCCGUCUUCACUCCGGCGAGCAUCAUGUGAGCAGGCCCCGUUCCCCCCGGAGAACCCCAGCGGGGCUGCAGAGAUGCCUCUGGGAGAGGUGGGGAAGGCGGCAGACAGGGGCACCCUCUGGCCCGGACUCUGGUGCUCGCUCUGCCGCCCCCCACGCUCCACCUGUAGUGUUUCUGCCCUGUAAAUAGGACCAGUCUUACACUCGCUGUAGUUCAAGUAUGCAACAUAAAUCCUGUCCCUUCCAGCUGUGUCUGCCUCCUCUGCAGCGCAAGGGGCCUGGUCAGCCAGGUGUGGGGGUGUUCUUGGGGUCUCCCUUGAUCUCCUUCCCACCUUUGUAAAUAUGAAGCAAAUAAAUAUUUAGGUUUUUAAAUACUC